AUGGGAGGACCACCGAACAUUCUGAGCACGUCCGCGACGCCGACUCAGAAAUCGCUAUACUCGCAAUCUUCGUACCCGUCAAAGACCAGCAUCGAAUCGACUCGAGAUGGACUACAAUCCCAGUCUGGGGCUAAUGCACCCCCCCGCACUUUGGGAACCUCUGCUGUGUCUUUCGGACCUCGAGGAUCAUCUCUCGCGGCCACUCCUGCGCCUGGGAGUUUCAGUUCGAACAUGCGCAGCCAGAUCAUGCCCUCCAGGCAAGCCUCCGGGCAAGAUGCAAAUGCUUCAAUGGCAAAUCUCGAAAGGCUUGACGAGGACGAUGGAUCCGGAGUGGGGCAGUUAACGUCGUUACGUGAGGCUCUGAACAGAGAAAUGAAGAUCAAAGAGGGCAGUGAGAACAUGCUGGAGGCAUUGAAUACUAAAAAGGCAAAACAGACCAAGGAGCAACGGCAGAGAGUUGAGGCAGAGCUAACAUCCUCCAACCAGAGGAUCAAGGAAUUACGCGCUCAAAUUACAGAAUAUCAAAAGCCGAAGCUACCCACAACACCCACGAGAGCUCGUAUGGAUGUCUCGUUUCAAAGCAAUAGUGUACGGUCUCCUCAAAGUGUCACUAGAAGUAUUGGAGGAUCGGAACCUGACGAGCCGACCGAGUCACCUACAUACGUGCUAGCAGAACUCCUGCAGGCGCUAGAAGUCGAAGGACUCACCCCAGACUAUUAUGUUGGACAUGCGAACAAUUUGGUGGAUCUUUUUAAAAGACACCCAACGAUCAAACAAGACUUGGUAUGGUCUAUCUUUGGCCUUCGAAUGCAAGUGAUGCUCUUGAGUGAGAGUAGAGAAGUGGUAGCUGCAGGGUAUCGGAUGACGAGAUAUGCAAUAUCUGAUAUUACUUCAUUGCAAAAGAUCAGAUCUUUAAACACUGAUUGUCUUGUUGUCUUAUCUCUCAUUAAGGAGAGGAAAGCGGAUGUCGAAAGAGAACAAGCUUUGAAAUUCAUCAGAGCCUUUUUAGAUGUAAAAGGGGGCGUCAAAGAAAUCUCAAGAGCUGUUGUUAGGACAAUUUCAUCUGUUGCUGAACAUACAGAUGAUCGAUUAAAGUCAAUUUGCAUUGAGACUCUCGCUGAGAUCAUGGUUCGAGAUCCAGCUUUAGCCGUCUCUUCAGGUGGAGUGCGACCUUUGGCAGACGCUCUAGGUGAGGGGGCAUACGAGGGAUCAGAAAGCUUAACAGCUGCAUUCCUAUUUCUCUUGGACUCGCCUCAGAGGAGGAAAUAUCUUCGCUCCGGCUAUGAGCUUGAGGUGCUGUUCACGGCAUUCACGGACUCUCUGUUUGCGAAGCCAAGCAUCUUGAAGCAAAAUUCAAAAGCCAUAUCAUAUGCUCUUCGAUCCUGGCCAGGUCUCAUGACAUUGUCAAUGUACAAUUUCAGGGCCAUCAAAUCACUGGUAUCUUGCCUGAUGUUGCCAAACCCUACAAUCCGAGACACAGUCAUCGACCUUCUCUAUUCUCUUCUGAGGAUCAAGUCACCCUUUUGGGCUACCUCUUUCCUGGCGGGCCGACGGCUUACCACAUACGGACGACUUGCAACGCUCAAAGCAGCUCCCCAGAAGACCCAGCAGCCGGUAGAAGAAGAACCAGGAGACAAAAGCUUUGUUGACCAUUACACGGCGUUGCUACUUGCCGUCUUGAUUUCUUCGGACACGCUCCCAGCGCUAUUACAGGUGACUCGAGACGCAGACAGCUCCAUGCUGAAGCGCAAGACGACUCUUCUGAUUGGAGAAAUCCUGAAGUUGGCUAGCAACCUCCUUCCAUCAAAUUGGAGUAGUGACUUGCAGCUUCUUCCUGAUUUGUUCGCAGCCGCAUCUCACUUUGGAGACAACGAGCGUUUUGAUGCUACGGGUACUGUUUACCAGAUAAGCAGUGUCAGUCGGACCUUGUAUCGAUCAAACCCAACUACUGCCAAUCCUCUGAACAGCCCAGUCAACAACAGCAACGAUAAUUUAGCAAGCUUGGAGGAUAUGCCCAAAAUGACUCCAACUGUUAACCUGGACGAGACGACAUUUCGACAGCUUCUAGUUGAGACGCAGGUGUUGUCAAGCACCAAUCCAGUCAAGUGGAAGUGGGACAUCAUUUUGAAAAUCAUCGAAGGCCCAUUGCUCAACGGGAAGCGUCUUGAUGAGGCGAUCAAAGCUUCCAAGUUCGUCAAACGGAUCAUGAGCUUCUACAGACCUUUCAAGUACAAGUUUGCUGAAAUCAGGAAUACUCGCCUCACCCAGAAGUAUGUUCGAGUUGGUUGCGCACUCAUGAACACCCUUUUGCAGACAACGGUAGGUAUCAAUUACCUCUCGGAUAACAAGCUGCUUAGGCAAGUUGCCGAAUGUCUGGCCCAAUGCGAUCCGACAAGUGGACUAACGGCCCAAGCCCCAAUGUUUUCCAAGGAUCACCUAUCAGAGACACUGUGUUCUGGGUACUUUGCGAUGCUUGGUACUUUGAGCGGUGAUACCAGGGGCUUGCAGAUGCUUGAUCGUUGGCGGAUGAUCAACAUGAUGUACCAUAUCAUGGAUCUGAAGCAGCGGCCUGAUCUCAUUAAGCUGCUACUCUCUAACUUUGACUACAGCAUACAAGGUCAUCCUCGAGUGCUGCUUUCCAAAGCUCUAACUGCUGGAUCAAAAGAAAUUCGUAUCUUUGCUACCAACGUGCUCAGAAAAUACUCCAGUCGAUCACGGCCCAAUGGGCCUGCGAAUCAAGGUGUUCGGGAUUCGAAGUGGGCCAUACAACUUCUUGUGACCCAACUUUACGACCCCGAAGUUGAGGUAUGUGCCACUGCAAUCAAAAUACUUGAAGAGGCCUGCAACCGAAAGAGCUAUUUGGAGUACAUCGUGGAGUGCCGUCCGGCACUGGACCAUUUGGGGGAAAUUGGUGCGCCUUUGCUCUUGCGAUUUCUGUCUACCUCGAUUGGAUAUCAUUAUCUGGACGGUCUGGACUAUAUCAGCAACGAGAUGGACGACUGGUUUCUUGGUCGAAAUGACGGUUACGUAGGAGUCAUCGAGGCAAGCUUGGCUCGAUCCUUUGGCGAGAUUCACGAGGAGUCUUCUCGACGGAUGAGUAUCGAAGAUGAUAGCUUUGAGAUGGAAGGCGAUAAUGACUACCAUGUCCCACCACACUUUUACAGGGAACUGACGAGGACGAAAGAAGGCUGUAAGCUUCUGCGGGAUAAGGGACAUUUCGAAGAGUUCGCAUCAACGAUACGCGACUACGGUAUGCUAUCCGACGACCCGGAACUGCUCCUCAAAGUCAAGGGUUCGCUAUGGGCUGUCGGCAAUGUUGGGUCAAUGGAACUCGGGGCACCAUUCCUGGAAGAAUACGAUGUUGUUGAAAACAUUGUCAAGAUUGCCGAGUCGCACGAGAUCAUGAGCCUGCGUGGAACGGCAUUCUUCGUUCUGGGACUGAUCUCUCGGAGUGUCCAUGGACUGGAGAUCCUUUCGGAGCAUGGGUGGGAUAGCAACACUACAAGCAUGGGUCUCUCGCUUGGGCUCUGCAUCCCGAAUGACCUGAGCAAGCUGUUCUCAUACCAGCCUUGGAAGCACGAGAAAGUCAUGGAUGUUAUUAUGACUGAAGAACACCUCGUCGCAGUCGCAAAAGCCCGGCAGGACGAUGACGAAGUCAACCAGCGUAUCCUGGAGCUCAUUGUUGACCUCGGCAAUACCGUGCUACAGAAGAGAGCUAUGACUGAGCUCAUGCAUAUCAAGGCCAAGAAGGUGCCUGGCUUCCGAUCGCCAGCACUGUUCAAAAAGAUCAUGAUACUGCUUGAAUCCCACCACUUCCGCCUCGGCGUCCGGCAUUUCGUGGCGGAGCUCUUUGACCGCAGCGUUCUUCGUCGUAUAGUAUUUGAGGAAGACAUCAGCGAGGAAGAAGGACUCGAUAGCGACGAUGGAAGUGGCAGUGAAGAUCGCACGGAACGAGCAAGGAGCGUAAGCGAUGCAUCGAGUUUCAGCGCCACGGAUAUAUCUGGCGUUUAG